CUUGACAGAAGCCACAGCAGACAUGAGCGUGUGAAACCGUCUAAAGUAGAAAAAGAAGACAUCCACUUACAAUUUUGCAGCCGUCCUUGCUCUCUUCCAGGCCAGUCAGGUGUCCGCCAUGUCUCUGGAGGUGAAGGAGAAGACGCAGGCGCGUCUCGUGUUCCUGGGGGCCGCAGGGGUGGGAAAGACCGCCCUGAUCCGCCGCUUCCUGCAGGACACAUUUGAGCCCAAGCACCGGCGCACGGUGGAGGAGCUGCACAGCAAGGAGUACGACAUCGGCGGGGUCAAGGUCACCGUGGAGAUCCUGGACACCAGCGGCAGCUACUCCUUCCCCGCCAUGCGCAAACUCUCCAUCCAGAACAGCGACGCCUUCGCGCUGGUCUACGCCGUGGACGACCCCGAGUCGCUGGAGGCGGUCAAAAGCCUCCGGGACGAGAUCCUGGAGAUCAAGGAGGACAAGUACACGCCCAUGGUGGUGGUGGGCAACAAGACGGACCGCCAGCAGGAGCGGCGGGUGUCCGGCGAGGACGUCCUGUCCACGGUGGAGAAGGACUGGAACUGCAGCUACCUGGAGGCCUCGGCCAAGGACAACGCCAACGUGGUGGAGGUGUUCAAGGAGCUCCUGCAGCAGACCAACCUGCCCAGCCGCCUCAGCCCCGCUCUGCGCCGACGCAGGGAGACUUUCCCCAAAGACAGCAGCUUCAGGCCUCCUAUGAACAAGACCAACAGCUGCAUUCUGUCAUAACACCUGUUGACUUUCCUGGAGGGACAAAGGUGAAGAGUCGGAGUGGGCGUCAAGUGAGGGACACGCCGAUUGAUCUCCAACGAGACACUUCUUGACACACGGCUGAAGGAGACGGCAUAAAUAUGAAAGGCGCAUUAAAUAGUCCUCCGGUGUUGACGUGAUUAGUCGUGUUUGCCGCUUAUUAAACGGUGACAUUCUGCACCUGCUGUUAAGAUCAAUGUGAGGCUUUUAGACGUCACGUGAAUUAGGGUUCUUUAUAUGGUUGUUUCAUACAUUUGUGCAGUUUGACUCUUGUCGCACAUCAUGUUUACAUAUUUUAUGGACUCCAUCCAUCCAUCCAUUUUUCCACUGCAGCUGGAGCCUAUCCCACUCAGCCCCAGUAGUUUGUGAUUGUGCAUAACAAGUGACAUAUACUGUACUUCUGGCAAAGCUCAUAUAAAGUGUAGCUCAUUUGAAUUUUUAUUGAAUAAAACUCUUUUUAUUUAA